GAGGGCGAGCGAGCCUCAGAUGUAGACCUCAUGGUGCCCCAGAGGAGGGGGGAUUUCCCCCUCAAAGUGCUCCUCGCUUGGCUGCCGCAGCCGCUGAGAUUUCCCCUAGGGCUAGCCAGCGGGCGCGGGGUUAACCCUCCUCGUAGGGACCUGGCUCCACCUCCCGCACCCUUCCCCGCCCCCACGGCCACCGCCACCGCCACCGCCACGGCCACCGCCGCAUUCACGCAUCGGAAAACUCAGAAGCUCUUCUGGCUUUCGAUGUUGAGGUCCCACGGUCAGCGGAGUCGCAAUGCACCCUCCACAUCCCAGAUGAUGUCUCUGUGGAGUCUGGUUUCGAAGAUGUCCUCAGAAAAACUGAAACAGCUGUAUGUUGACUUUCCCCAGCACCUGCGGCAUCUCCUGGGUGACUGGCUGGAGAACCAGCCAUGGGAAUUCCUGGUUGGCUCAGAUACAUUCUGCCACCACAUGGCUAGUGUCCUCCUCUCAGCCACUGUCCAGCGCCUUCAGGCCUCUGCAGGAGAACAGGGGAAAGGAAGCACCGUCUUUCAGCACAUCAGCACCUUGGAGAGUGUAUAUCAGAGGGACCCCUUGAAGCUGGUGGCCAUUCUCAGACAAAUACUUCAAGGAGAGAAAAAGGCCAUUUUGGAAGAGUUCCGCCACCUGCCAGUGACCUUUCACUGGAAGCAGGAAGAACUCAAGUUUACCACAGCCCUUCGGAGAUUGCAGCACCGAGUAGGGGAGAUCCGUAUUCACCGAGAAGGUCUGCAACAGGGAACAGAGGCUGGCCAAGUGUCUCUGCGGAGCUUGAUGGGAAGUCCUGCCAAUGGGACUGAUCCAAGAGAGACCCUGGCCACAAUGCUGCAGGGGACUGUGGGGGACCUGGAGGCUGCCCAGGCCUUGGUGCUGAAGAGGAUCCAGAUUUGGAAACGGCAGCAGCAGCUGGCAGGGAAUGGUGCACCCUUUGAGGAGAGCCUAGCAGCACUGCAGGAGAGGUGUGAAAGCCUGGUGGACAUUUAUUCCCAGCUGCAGCAGGAGGUAGGGGCAGCCAGUGGGGAGCUUGAGCCCAAGACCCGGGCAUCACUGCUAAGUAGGCUGGAUGAAGUCCUGCGAACCCUUGUGACCAGCUCUUUCUUGGUGGAAAAGCAGCCCCCCCAGGUUCUGAAGACUCAGACUAAGUUCCAGGCUGGAGUUCGGUUCCUGCUGGGCUUGCGGUUCCUGGGGACCUCAGCCAAGCCUCCGCUGGUCAGGGCUGACAUGGUGACAGAGAAGCAGGCUAGAGAAUUAAGCUUGCCCCAGGGAUCUGGGGCUGGAGCAGAGAGCACAGGGGAGAUCAUGAACAACACAGUGCCUCUGGAAAACAGCAUUCCCGGGAACUGCUGCUCUGCCUUGUUUAAGAACCUGCUCCUGAAGAAAAUCAAGCGGUGUGAGAGGAAGGGCACCGAGUCUGUCACCGAAGAGAAGUGUGCUGUGCUUUUCUCCACCAGCUUCUUGCUCGGCCCCAACAAAACCCCCAUCCAGCUCCAGACCCUGUCUUUGCCCUUGGUAGUCAUCGUCCACGGCAACCAAGACAACAAUGCCAAAGCCACCAUCCUAUGGGAUAAUGCCUUCUCCGAGAUGGACCGAGUGCCCUUUGUGGUGGCUGAGCGAGUGCCCUGGGAGAAAAUGUGUGAAACUCUGAACCUCAAGUUCAUGGCUGAGGUGGGGACCAACCGGGGACUACUACCAGAACACUUCCUCUUCCUGGCCCAGAAGAUCUUCAAUGACAACAGCCUCAGUAUGGAGGCCUUCCAGCAUCGUUCUGUGUCCUGGUCACAGUUCAACAAGGAGAUCCUGCUGGGCCGUGGCUUCACUUUCUGGCAGUGGUUUGAUGGUGUCCUGGACCUCACUAAACGCUGUCUCCGGAGCUACUGGUCAGACCGGCUGAUCAUCGGCUUCAUUAGCAAACAGUAUGUCACAAGUCUUCUCCUCAGUGAGCCAGAUGGAACCUUUCUCCUCCGAUUUAGUGACUCCGAGAUUGGGGGCAUUACCAUUGCUCAUGUCAUCCGGGGUCAGGAUGGCUCCCCACAGAUAGAGAACAUCCAGCCAUUUUCUGCCAAAGACCUGUCCAUUCGAUCACUGGGGGACCGAAUCCGGGAUCUUGCUCAGCUGAAAAACCUUUACCCCAAGAAACCCAAGGAUGAAGCUUUCCGGAGCCACUACAAGCCUGAACAGAUGGGGAAAGAUGGGAGGGGCUAUGUCCCCGCUAUCAUCAAGAUGACUGUGGAAAGGGACCAGCCCCUUCCCACUCCAGAGCCCCAGAUGCCUACCAUGGUGCCCCCUUAUGAUCUUGGAAUGACCCCUGAUGCGUCCAUGCAGCUCAGCUCAGAUAUGGUGUACCCUCCACAGUCUCACUCUAUCCCCUCAUUUCAAGACCACCCCUUUGAAGAGUCAAUCCAUGUACCGCCAGCCUUUCAGGAGCCUCACCUGCGAAUGCUCCCCAGUCUGAGUCCACUGAACCUGCCCUUUGAGCAGUCUCAGCCCCAGGGCCUGCUGCAGUGUCGGCCUCAGGAGCAUGCUGUGUCCAGCCCUGAACCCUUGCUCUGUUCAGAUGUGACCAUGGUAGAAGACAGCUGCCUAACUCAGCAGGUGGCAGGUUUCCCCCAGGGCGCCUGGCUCAAUGAAGACAUGUUGCCUCCCCUGCUGCCUCCCACUGAACAGGAUCUCAACAAGCUUCUCCUGGAGGGCCAAGGGGAAACAGGAGGGUCCUUGGGUGCCCAGCCCCUCCUGCAGCCAUCUCCCUAUGGGCAAUCUGGGAUCUCAAUGUCCCAUCUGGACCUAAGGGCCAAUCCCAGUUGGUGAUUCCCAGCUGGCAAAGCCCAGAGACAGAGCCUCUACUGUUUCCACGAACCUGCUCUGGUCAUCUGCUCUUGCAGGUGCCUCCCAUCUCCAGCUAUUCCUUGGUCAGGAGGAAGAAUAUGCUGGGAGAAUGCAUGGUGUGGAAAACCACCACACUCUUUCCUACCACACCAGUACACCAGUGUCCUCUCUUCCAGCACUUGGUGGGGGGGGUAGUGUUCAGGCCCCUGCAUGCCUGUAUCACAGAACCCACAAGAAUGAGGAUGACCAGGACAGGUUGGGCAGAAAGGGGGUUAGGUGAGCACAGUUUAGGGCACCAAAGGCUUAUGUGCUCACUGAGCCAGAGCCUAAGAUACAGAAACAGACACAUGUACAUGGUGGCACUAGAGGCCAGGGGCAGGGCACAGGCCUAAAGCAUAAGAAAGGACUUCAGGGGACACUAGGUGGGAGAAGAGGAAAGGUCUAGGCAUGUUGACUGCUGGUAUGGAUUUUGCCAAUUAAAAAACAAGUGCCCCCCCC